AUGUUCAGCUACCGUGUCUGUCAAGAUCAAGAUAUUGUGGACAAAUUCCUGGAUGCGGAUUACCUGCCAACCGACGAGGAGAAACAGACAGCUGAGGCCUGCUUCGAUGAAGGUCUUCUUGAAUGCACAGGUGUCGAUGGACAGACCUGCGACUACAGUGCUGACUGUGGUGAGGGCGAAGCUUGCCACCGCAAUGACUGGUUCACCUGUAACGGCUUUGAUGAUACUAAGUGCCAGGGUGUCGACAAUUCUGAGCUUGGUUCCUGCGAGACAACAAUCGCCGGCGGUUACACUGUCUCGAAGAAGAUCAAGAUUCCGGACUACGUCUCGAACCACAUUUUGCUCUCUUGGAAGUGGAACUCUUUCCAAACUGGUCAGAUCUAUCUCUCCUGUUCCGAUAUUGCUAUCCAGUAA